UGCCGAAGGAAAGACGCAGGUGUCUCCACAAUGGCACAACCGAUGCUUGUCCUCCUCCUAUUUCUCGCUCUACUGCUCCCCACGGCGCACGGCAUCCCGCCGUCCCCCGGCCGCUCCCCCCGGGCGCCCGCCCCCCGCGUGCGCCUCGCGGGUCACCCCCGCCGCCACAACGAGGGCCGCGUGGAGGUCUUCCACAACAACGUGUGGGGCACGGUGUGCGAUGACGAAGUCGACAUUAAACUGGUCAGCGUUGUGUGUCGGGAACUGGGCUUCCAGAAAGGCAUCACCUGGGCUCACAGCGCUAAGUACGGACAAGGCGAAGGUCCCAUCUGGUUAGACAACGUGCACUGCAGCGGAACAGAGACAUCAUUGUCACAGUGCUGGUCCAAUGGCUGGGGUGUUCAUGAUUGCACCCAUGCGGAGGACCUGGGUGUGGUGUGUGGGGAGGAGAGGCUGGAACAAACACACCUGGGGCACCUGAGCUCUCCACGCCGUGGCCAUCAGGUCUCUCAAAUGGGCAGUGUGAAUGUAUCUCGUUACUGGAACAAUGACGUGUUUGACCGAAGACAGUUGGACCCUGGUCGGUUGGGGAACAGCGUGGGGAACAACGUGGUGGACAGGCGUAGCCAUGACCAUAGACAGCACUUCUAUGGAAGCUCCUCCUCCCCGGCCACUAGCAGGGUGCGGAUUGAGGAGGUCCGGCUCCGACCAGUACUGACCGCUACCAAAAACAAGGCCUUGGUGACGGAAGGUGUGGUUGAAGUUAAACAUGCAGGGAGAUGGCGGCAGGUGUGUGACCUGGGCUGGAACCUCAACAGCAGCAGGGUUGUUUGUGGCAUGCUGGGAUUCCCUGAGGCUGUCCACCAUAAUGUCAAGGCAUACAAAAAAAUAUGGGAUUCAAAGAUUGCUGAUCCAUCCACCAGGCUAAGCAUCAUGGCCAGUAAGAAGGGCUUCUGGGUAGAGAAGGUGCAUUGCCAGGGCAUGGAGAACAGCCUGUCUGAGUGCCACACUCAGCUAUCCAUCCCCCGGAGCCCCACACCCUGCCCCAAUGGCCGGCAUGCUGUUGCUCGUUGUGUCCCAGGACCCCAGUUUUCACGCAUUUCCUCAGGCCAGCCCCAGGCCCCACUUCCUACUAAGCCAAUUGUGCGUCUGAAGGCCGGUCCUCGGCUUGGCGAGGGACGUGUGGAGGUGCUGCGAGAGGGAAAGUGGGGCACAGUUUGUGACCACUUGUGGGACCGUACGGCAGCGAGUGUGGUGUGCAGGGAACUGGGCUUUGGCACUGCCAGGGAAGCCCUCACAGGGGCCUACAUGGGGCAAGGAACUGGGCCAAUUCACAUGAAUUCAGUGCGCUGCUCAGGUGCCGAACGCUCCAUUGCUGACUGCUCCUUCCAGGAGGUUGCUCCCAGAACCUGCAAGCACAGUCAGGAUGCUUCGGUCCGUUGCAAUGUGCCCAAAACAGGCCUGGAGACUACGGUGAGGCUGGCUGGGGGCAGGGAGCCUGGUGAGGGUCGUGUGGAGGUGCUGAUGUCUAUGCGUGGGCGUAAGCGUUGGGGUGCAGUCUGCAGUGAGAACUGGGGCAUCAAUGAGGCCAUGGUUGUAUGUCGGCAGCUGGGCUAUGGAUUUGCUGCUCGGGCCCAUGAGGAGACCUGGUACUGGCCUGGGGACCCCAGUGCCAGUGAGGUGGUUCUCAGUGGGACCCACUGUGUUGGAACUGAGCUCUCCAUCCAGCAGUGCCGACGGAACCAUAAUGUGCACUGCCCUCGAGGGGGUGGUUCUCGAGCUGCAGGGGUCACCUGUGCUGAGACUGCACCAGAUCUGGUACUGGAUGCCCAGCUUGUUCAGGAGACUGCCUACCUUGAGGAUCGACCUUUGCACCUUCUCACAUGUGCCAAUGAAGAAAACUGCCUGUCUUCUUCUGCCAGCCGCAUGCGCUGGCCAUAUGGCCACCGACGCCUGCUCCGUUUCUCCUCACGCAUACACAACGUGGGUCGAGCUGACUUCCGCCCCCGAGCCUCGCGUGAGUCCUGGGUCUGGCACCAGUGCCACAGGCACUACCACAGCAUCGAGGUUUUCACCCACUACGAUCUUCUCACCCUCAAUGGCACCAAGGUGGCUGAGGGCCACAAGGCCAGCUUCUGUCUGGAGGAUACCUACUGCCCUGAUGGCCUGUCAAAACGUUAUGCGUGCUACAACAUGGGAGACCAGGGCAUCUCAGUAGGCUGCUGGGACACCUACCGCCAUGACAUCGACUGCCAGUGGGUAGACAUCACGGAUGUCAGGCCAGGGGACUACAUCUUCCAGGUGGAGGUGAAUCCAUCCUUGGACAUGGCAGAAUCUGAUUUCAUGAAUAAUGUGAUGCGCUGUCGGUGCAAGUAUGAUGGGAACAGGGUCUACAUGUAUGGCUGUCAUACAGGAGAUGCAUACAGUGCUGAAAUUGAGGACCUUUUUGAGCACCAGCGUCAGAUCUCCAACAACUUCAUCUAAGCUGAAUUCAGGCAGGGUUCCUGGGGCAGGAGGGAGGGUGAGAGGGAGGGCUGGGUCACAUGACACACUGCCUUCAAAGGGGCAGAGAGCGGCACUUGUCGGUUCCUGGAGGGCCCAGAACAACCAAAUUCACCAAGAUGCAUUUAUGCCAGUAAGGAGACCUUCAUAAGAGGAAUAAGUCCACCAAUGAGGAGGGACUGGUAUCACCACGGAGAUUGUUUUUUUUAGUUCACACAAUGGGUUUUUAGCAUUUAGGUCCAACACACACACACCAAAGCUAGAGAAACAUGUUGAAUAAGUAUGAAUUUCUGCAAGUCACAGAGGACAAGAUGUUUCUCCAAGGGAAACAUAAAAUGUAAGCUAAUAUUUUAGAUGGAAAAGUGAAUAUUUGUAAGGUAUUUGUGUAAUUAAGUAUUAUAGGCCAGGAUGAGCAUGAGUGGUGGUUUUUGGGGACAAUAGGUUGUUUAUGGACAAAUACCCCAUGAUUUUAGCAUAAUGAGAUAGCAGUGUUUCCUCGACAACUGGCCUGGUUGGACAGUAAUCCCCAUAGAGACAUUAGUGCUUUGUUACUGAAGUUCUCUUUCAACACAUUGUACACA